CUCUUCGGGCAGUGACGUCCUUCCUGUUGUGCCACUCAGCUGAGACGUCACUGAAAGCUUGUCUCCUUUCAACCGUUCACUUACUGUCAACACUUCCGUUACCGACUCGAAAACUACCUGUCUACACUCUCCGAAGUAUCUACAGCUGUUGUGUGUACGCGUCACAUCGCCGGACGUUGUUGUUCAUCUGUUUGUCGAGACUUUCGUCGCCAUAUCUGCCCCCACCGGAGCGUGCUAACGUUAGCUCAGCGGCUAGUCACCAUUUACUCUUUAAGGGAAGAAUCAAUUAAUCGACAUUUGUGUAAUCAUGGAUCAAAUAGCAGUAGAAACGCGAAAGAGCCCGUGGGGUUCGGUGGCCCCGGCGCCUCCGGCCUGCUCUCUGACUGAGGUGAUGAGCGAGCAGCUGGCCAAUCAGCUGGAGGAGGAGGGACACGCCUUGACUACACUGGCGGAUCCCGCCGCAGAUCUGUUGCUGUCAGACGAAGUGUCCGACACGACCAGCGACCUCGUGCUCGCCAAGGUGCUGCAGAUGCAGUUCGACCGCGAGUUCGACGAUCAGCUCCGUCGGGAGGAGAAAAGGUUCAACGGAGACAGCAAAGUGUCCAUCUCCUUUGAGAACUACCGCAUGGUGCAUCCGUACGAAGACAGCGACAGCUCGGAGGACGAGGUGGACUGGCAGGACACGAGACACGACCCCUACAGAGCAGAUAAGCCCCAGACUACACCCAGGAAAGGCUUCACCGGCAAAGGCAAGAACAUCACCACCAAACAUGACGCGGAGACCUGCGGACGCAAGAACACCGCACGCAUGGACAAUUUUGCUCCAGAGGUCCAUGUGGGGGACGGUUUGGGGAUGGACCUGAAGUUGUCCAACCAGGUGUUUAACUCCCUGAAGCAGCACUGCUACAGCGAGCAGAGACGCAGCGCCAGGCUGCACGAGAAGAAGGAGCACUCCACUGCAGAACAAGCGGUGGACCCUCGCACUCGUCUGCUGAUGUACAAAAUGGUGAGCGCCGGCGUGCUGGAGAACAUCAACGGCUGCAUCAGCACCGGGAAAGAGUCGGUGGUCUUCCACGCUGACGGAGGGAGCCUGGAGGAGCAGCCUGUUCCAGGUGAAGUUGUGCUGAAGGUGUUCAAGACGACGCUCAACGAGUUCAAGAACAGAGACCGCUACAUCAAAGACGACUAUCGCUUCAUCGAUCGCUUCAGCAAACUGAACCCACGCAAAAUCAUCCGCCUGUGGGCCGAGAAGGAGAUGAACAACCUGACCAGGAUGAAGAAGGCGGAGAUUCCCUGUCCGGAGGUGGUGCUGCUGAAGAAGCACAUCCUGGUGAUGUCGUUCAUCGGUAGAAACCACAUUCCUGCUCCCAAACUCAAGGACGUCGUGUUGAGCUCCGAGGACAUGAAGAACGCCUUCUACCAGGUGCUUCAUAUGAUGCAGCAGCUGUAUCAGGAGUGUAAUCUGGUCCAUGCUGAUCUCAGUGAAUACAACAUGCUGUGGCACGAAGGAAAGGUGUGGUUGAUUGAUGUCAGUCAGUCCAUCGAGCCUCGCCAUCCUCACGCCCUGGAGUUCCUCUUCAGAGACUGCAAGAACGUUUCCACGUUCUUCCAGAAGAGAGGCGUGAGCGAGGCCAUGAGUGUGUACGAGCUUUUCAACGCCGUGAGCGGACUGAACAUCCCUGUUGGGGACGAGGACGAGGCCGAGUUCAUUUCUGAGAUUAUGGCGUUGGAGAAGAGGAACGAGGAUCACGUGCAGCGGCGAGGAAAGAAGAUCUUCUCCGUGGCCUCUGAAGACUGCGACCCUCCUUUAGAACCCGACGCUGAUGACUAACGCCGCCCGCCUCGCUCUCUCUUCACGAUCCCGCCGUGUUGAAAAUGCUCUAAAAGAGGAGAUGAAUGGAGGAGGCCCCCCCCCCCUUCUGGAGGACUCGGUGCCCCCCCCCCCCCCCCCUUCAACCAUGUCACCACCCACCAACUGCUUCCUUUGAUCAGGCAGGACGGAGCGCCUCCUCCUGGAGCAGGAGGGAGGAGUUUCACCGUGUUGGAUGUUGAAGUCUGAGCGUCCUGAGAGGCACAAACGGGUUUUCUGGCGCUGAGGACGCGUCUCAUUUCCUCCUGCGCUGAUGGAUCGGUGUGUGUUUUUGUAAGAAUCAAAGUUAAAAAUACAACGAGACCUCUUCUGUCCGGCUGGAUGACUCCUGGAGAGGUUUUAAUGUGAAGCUUCAGGACAUUAUUUUAGUGUUGGAGAUCCUCAACGUUCUGGAACUCGAUGGUUCGGAUUGUGGAGCUCAAAGCUCAGCGGUGAUGUCUCUGUCCCCGGUGAGUGAAGAUCACCACACACCUUGUUGUGAGCAGCUUCAUGCCGGGACUAUUUCCUUUCUACCGAACUACAGCCGCCAAAGCCCGUCUCAAAAACAAACGUCCCAGAAAUAAAACGAUGUUCUUGACACUGAUGUAAUGAUCGUAUGAUGUCUUUUUAAAGGAUCAAUGAACUUUAAGAAUAUUCAGAAGAAUUGAAAUGUCAAAAAGAUAUUAAAAUAUCCUUAAUAAAUAAAACUUCACAACCAAAAGAAUAAAUAAAAUGUUAAAACAAAUGUGCUAAUGUCUGGCGGCUGUAGUUUGGAUAGGAAGCCUCGUUCAGUGUUUGUCUGUCUCAUUUAGUGGGUGAAACCUGGAGGGAGUCAAAGGUCACACCGUUUGGGGAGUGGUGAAGCUAAAUGCUAAAUGUUUUUGCAACUAUUGAGAUUAAAGCGCAAAAGAAAAGAUGUUUGCAGUGAUGAAGAUGAAACUAUUAGCUCUUAGGUUGUGUAACUUUAAAUCAGAAAGUCUGGUGUUUGUGAAGAAUGCAGACUCGUCACAUGAUGUGGCGCUCGCUGUGACACGCAGACCAGUGGUGACAUUAAAAGGUGAAGAUAAA